AUGGUGUCACACACAAUUGAACUUUUGAAGAACGAGAUUCCUCUUGAACAAGAGUCGGUGGUUUUAGCUGAAGACGCUGUAAAUGGUCUUGUUCUUGUUGAUAUCAUAAAUGGCUUCUGCACAGUUGGUGCUGGAAAUCUGGCGCCAAGAGAGUCUAAUAAACAAAUUUCAGAAAUGAUCAGUGAAUCGGCAAGGCUAGCGAGACUGUUCUGUGAGAAGAAAUUGCCAGUAAUGGCUUUUCUUGAUUCUCAUCAGCCUAACAAGCCAGAGGAGCCUUAUCCCCCUCACUGUAUUGCUGGGACUGAUGAAUCAAAUCUAGUUCCAGCCUUGAGAUGGCUGGAGAAUGAAACGAAUGUAACAAUCAGACGUAAGGAUUGUUUUGAUGGAUAUGUUGGGUCAAUGGAAGAAGAUGGUUCAAAUGUUUUUGUGGAUUGGGUGAAGAAGAAUAAGAUUAAAACAGUGGUGGUGGUAGGUGUAUGCACAGAUAUAUGUGUUCUGGAUUUUGUAUGUUCUACAAUGUCUGCUAAAAACCGUGGUUUUCUGAAGCCUCUACAAGAUGUGGUGGUGUAUUCAAAUGCAUGCGCUACCUUCAAUGUCCCUCUUGACGUAGCCACAAAUAUCAAAGGAGCUUUAGCCCAUCCCCAGGAGUUUAUGCAUCACGUAGGUCUGUAUAUGGCCAAAGAACGUGGAGCCAAGAUAGCAAAGCAAGUGUUGUUUGGUCAGUAG